AUGGUGUUCAGCACGGUGGACGAAUUUGACCAGGCCUAUCACGAUGUACACGUUGCGUUCCGAUCCGGUGUCACCAAAAACAAAGAAUGGCGGCGUCAGCAGCUCAAGCGUACUUGGUGGAUGAUUGAGGAAAAUAAGGAUCGCAUCUGCGCCGCCCUCUACACCGAUCUCCACCGACACACCUACGAAACAGGUCUGAGCGACAUUGCAAUGCUGCAGAAUGACACCCUACGCACACUUGAGAAGCUGGAUGAAUGGACCAAGGAUGAGAAGCCCACCCGAUGGGAUAUGGUGAACUUUAUGGGCGGCACACGAGUGCGCAAGGAGCCCAAGGGCGUUGCCCUCAUCAUCGGCGCCUGGAACUUUCCCAUCCUCCUCUUGCUUCAACCAAUGGUUGCCGCGAUUGCAGCGGGCUGCGCGAUAAUUCUGAAGCCAUCCGAUAUGGCGCCCGCAGCACAAGAUCUCCUGAUGGAGAUCAUCCCACAGUAUCUGGACCGCAGUGCUAUUCGUUGCAUCAGCGCUGGGCCAAAUGAGAUGUCGCAUAUCCUCGAGCAACGCUACGAUCAUAUCUUCUACACUGGAUCAGGCAAUAUUGGUAAAAUCGUGCAUGCCGCGGCUGCCAAACAUAUGACUCCCGUGACACUCGAGUUGGGAGGGCAAGCUCCGGCUAUUGUCACUUCGAAGGCCAAUAUCGACUUGUCAGCUAAGCACAUCGCUGCCACCAAAUUCGCUAAUGCAGGCCAGAUCUGCCUUAAUGUCAACCACGUCAUAGUCGACCCCAACAUCCGCGAGGCCUUCGUGAACAGCCUGAUCAAGCACUUCGACACCUUCAUGGGCGGCCGCGACGCCAAACCCGAGUACUACACACACAUCAUCAACGAGCGCAACUUCGACCGACUCGACCGACUCCUAGUCUCAACACGCGGUGACAUCGUCUACGGCGGCCAACGCGACCGCGAGACCCGCUUCUUCGCGCCCACCAUCGUCACAGGCGUAAAACCAGAUGACAUUCUUCUUUCCGAAGAACUCUUUGGCCCAAUCCUGCCAAUCAUGGACGCAGACUUCGACUUUGCCCUUAAAUACACCAGCGCCGGUGAUAGACCCCUCGGUAUCUACGCCUUCACUGACAGCCAGGUUGAGAAAACCCGCAUCCUGGACGAGACUCAGUCCGGUGGCGUGACUUUUAACGAUUGCACACUGCAUGUCGCUGCGCGCGAUGCACCAUUCGGUGGUACCGGUCACUCCGGUCAGGGCUAUUAUCACGGUCCGUACGGUGUGCGUGAGUUCUCUCAUCUGAGGACGUAUGUGGAUGCCAUGCCGGCGUGGAUGGAGUGGCUCAUGGAUGCGCGGUAUCCGCCGUAUUCGGUCGAAAAAUUAAAUAAGAUGGCGCCGGCUGUGAAGGCGCCGUUUGACCGUGAGGGAAGAGAUACUUCGCGUGGGUUGACCAAGUGGGUUGUUGGUUUUGGGGCGUUGGUGUUGUCGGUGGCUGUUGUGUUGCCGCGACAGCAGGUUCAGGCGCUUGUUGCGCGGUUUGUGAGUCGGGAAUAA